AUGGGAAAGGGCCACCAGGGCACGUGUCCCCAGGAGAGCGUGUAUUGUGAGAACAAGUGUGGGGCCCGCAUGAUGCGGCGCCUGCUGUCCCAGCACACCCUGGCCGAGUGCCCCAAGCGCACCCAGCCCUGCACCUACUGCUCCAAGGAGUUUGUCUUUGACACCAUCCAGAACCAUCAGUACCAGUGUCCCCGGUACCCUGUGCCCUGCCCCAACCAGUGCGGGACACCCAGCAUUGCCCGGGAGGACGUGCCCACCCACCUCAAGGAGAGCUGCAGCACUGCCAUGCUGCUGUGCCCCUUCAAGGAAGCUGGCUGCAAGCACCGGUGCCCCAAGCUGGCCAUGGGCCGGCACCUGGAGGAGAGCACCAAGGCUCACCUGGGCAUGGUGUGUGCCCUGGUGAGCCGGCAGCGGCAGGAGAUCCUGGAGCUGCGGCGGGACGUGGAGGAGCUGUCGGUCAGCAGCGACGGGACCCUCAUCUGGAAGAUCGCCGACUACGCCCGCAAGCUGCAGGAGGCCAAAGCCCGCAGCAACUACGAGUUCUUCAGCCCCCCGUUCUACACCCACAAGUACGGCUACAAGCUGCAGGUCUCGGCUUUCCUCAACGGCAACGGGAGCGGGGAGAGCAGCCACCUCUCUGUCUACAUCCGCGUGCUGCCGGGCGAGUACGACAACCUGCUCGAGUGGCCCUUCUCCUACCGCGUCACCUUCUCCUUGCUGGACCAGAGCGACCCGUCGCUCUCCAAGCCCCAACACAUCACGGAGACCUUCCACCCCGAUCCCAACUGGAAGAACUUCCAGAAGCCGGGAGCCUCGCGCAGUUCCCUGGACGAGAGCACCCUGGGCUUUGGUUACCCCAAGUUCAUCUCCCACGAGGACAUCAAGAAGCGGAACUACGUGCGGGACAACGCCAUCUUCAUCAAAGCCUCAGUGGAGAUCCCCCAGAAGAUCCUGGCCUGAGUCCUGGUGUCCUGGGGUGAGGGGGGACAGGACAUGAGCUGAGCCCUCACCCAGGGGUGCCCCAAGUGGUGCUGAACCC